AUGAGCAACCAGAGUCAUUUGGUCAUGGAAUUUGUGCUCCUGGGCUUCCCGCUGCCAUGGCCGCUGCAGCUCCUAGUCUUCAUGAUUGUACUAGUCAUCUUUAUCUUGACCCUUAUGGGGAACCUGACUAUCAUUGCUGUGGUGUGUAUAGAUGUCAGCCUCCGUACCCCCAUGUACUUCUUCCUCUGCAACCUCUCAAUCCUAGAGAUCCUCUUUGUCCUUUCUAUUGCCCCCAAGAUGCUGGAGAACCUGUUAUCCUGGGACAAAACCAUCUCCUACUGGGGCUGCAUUGCUCAGUGCUACAUCUACUUCUUUCUGGGUACUACAGACUUUAUCCUCAUUGCUGUUAUGUCCUUUGACCGCUAUGCUGCCAUCUGCCAUCCGCUCCGUUACCCCAUCAUCAUGAGGGGACGCGUCUGCAUCUUUCUCGUCAUGGGCUGCUGGUUGGGUGGGUUCCUCUCCACCCUCUUCCCACUCAUGUUGCUUUGUCAGCUGCCCUUCUGUGGCCCCAGUGUGAUAGACCAUUUCUUCUGCGAUUAUGCCCCACUGGUGAAGUUGUCCUGCGCCAACACAGACCUCCUCCUCAGGCUGGAGUACAUCCUCUCCUGUGUUGUACUGCUCACUUCCUUGUCAUUUACCACUGUGUCCUACCUCUACAUCAUCACCACAGUCCUGCGCAUCCCCUCAGCAACAGGCAGACAAAAAGCCUUCUCCACCUGUGCCUCCCACAUUACUGUGGCCUCCAUUUUCUAUGGCAGUGCCAUCUUCAUGUAUGCCCAACCCAGUCAGGGCCACUCUUUUAGUCUACAGAAGGUGGUGGCGCUGUUCACAACGAUAGUAAGUCCUUUAUUAAACCCAUUCAUUUAUACUUUAAGGAACAAGAAGGUAAAAAAUGCCCUUAAGGCAUAUGUGACCAUAAAACAACCCAUGCAGAAGUUAAAGGCUUGA